GGUGAGCAAGAGAAGCAGGAGCAAAUUGAGGUCCAGAAGGAGAAGCAGAGAGAACUGAUCUUGCAGCUCAAGACACAGCUGGAUGACCUGGAGACUUUUGCUUACCAAGAGGGCAGCUAUGAUUCUCUGCCACAGUCUGUGGUUAUGGAAAGACAACGGAUGAUUAUAAAUGAGUUGAUAAAGAAGCUGGACAUGGACUUAAGUGAAGAUAUUGCAACGCUGUCCCCAGAGGAACUGCGGCAGCGUGUGGAUGCUGCCAUAGCACAGAUCGUGAACCCAGCCAGGGUGAAGGAGCAGCUGGUGGAACAACUGAAGACCCAGAUAAGGGACCUCGAAAUGUUCAUCAACUUCAUCCAGGAUGAAGGUGGAAGUUCUGGCAAGGUGGAAGAUGGACACUGUGACUGCGGGGGCUCCUACAAACCCAGCACCCAGCCACUUGGGAACAGAGUGAACCCAGAAGACGCCAGGAGGAUGCGGGAAACAGGCCUGCAGCUCAUGCGCCGCGUGCUGGCUGUGCUGCAGAUCUUUGCUGUCAGCCAGUUUGGCUGUGCCACAGGUCAGAUCCCUCGCACCCUCUGGCAGAAGGACCAAGACAACAAGGACUUCUCGCCCUUAAUUAAGAAACUGGAGUUGUCGGUGGAGCGGGUGAGGCAGCUUGCCCUGAAACACCAGCAGGCAGAGCACGUUAUCUCUUCUGAGCUGCAGGACGUUCCCCUGGGGGGCAGAGACGAGCUGACCCUGGCUGUGCGCAGGGAGCUGACUGUCGCUCUGCGGGACCUGAUGGCUCACGGGCUCUACGCCUCCUCCCAAGGCAUGAGCCUGGUGUUGGCACCCAUCGCGUGCUUGAUUCCUGCGUUCACCCCUUCGCCGCAGACCAUGCACCCCUGGGAGCUCUUUGUCAAGUAUUACAACGCUAAGAACGGACAGGCCUUCGUGGAGUCCCCAGCGCGUAAGCUUUCCCAGUCCUUCGCCCUGCCCGUGACGGGAGCAGUGGCCACCACCCCCAAGCAGAGCCUGCUGACAGCUAUCCACACGGUGCUGACGGAGCACAGCCCCUUCAAGCGGAGUGCGGACUCGGAGCUGAAGGCGCUGGUGUGCAUGGCGCUGAACGAGCAGCGUCUGGUCUCCUGGCUCAACCUCAUCUGCAAGUCUGGAGCUCUGGUGCAGUCCCACUACCAGCCCUGGAGCUACAUGGCCCACACAGGCUUCGAGGGUGCACUCACCCUCCUCAGCCGCCUGAGCAACUUGAAGUUCAACCUCCCGGUUGACCUGGCUGUUCGGCAGCUGAAAAACAUCAAAGAUGCUUUUUGA